UAAAGACGGUGAAUCGAGUCGUGGCACCCAAUUUUGCGCUCCCUUCCGAGCCGAUUUGCUCGACCGAUCAGCGAAGGAAGACAAGGCGAUCACGGACUCACGGAAAGCCGCGAUGGCCAUUGCCAAAUCUCCGCUGCCGAUCUUGUCGUCUUCGGUCGGCCGUGAUCCCAUUUGAGGUUCGAGCUGCAGUGAGUAUAUUCAUGCAUAAAAGGAAGUGUCACUCCAGUUUCAAACAGAAAGACGUCUUUACAUCGAUAAACUCGAUGAAGCUUCAACUUAUUUGGCUUGGGUGAGCUGUUGAAAUGCUAUUGACUGUGGAAGGAGGAGGAUUCUUUUCUUCUUCUGCAUCAGGGUAUACCAGUGGUCUUGCCCUUCUACUUUUUGGCCGGAGAAAUGAUGAGCAGCCCAUGAAAGUUUCACCAUGGACUACCUACCAUUUAGUGGAGCAAGGACUUGAGUCAGAAUCUCAGCUGGCUUCUAGGAAAAAGCAAAAUUCUCAAGGAUGCACUUCCUUCAUAUGUUUCAGUUGUGCUCAAGACAGACAAUUUCCUCACAAACUUGAUCUAGCUAACCAGUCUGAAACUUCAUCAGAUUCAUCAUCUUCUGAUGCGAACAAGGUAACAAUCAGUGGUGCUGCUACUGUGAGUGAAAGGAAGCCUUGUCUCAAGAGUAAUAUAAAGAAGCCUUCCAGAAAUUGUUCCACAGCAUGUGAAGGUGAUGAUUCCCAUGAAGUUUCAGGAGUGGAAAAUGAGACAUCUUGUUGUACUGUAGGGAGGAAAGUUCAGUGGACUGAUAAAUGUGGGAAGGAGCUUGUAGAGAUAAGAGAAUUUGAGCUCAGUGAUGACAAUCCAUCGGAUGGGGAAUUUGAGCAUGAAAAAUUCAGAAGAUGUGAAUGUGUAAUUCAGUAAAUUUAAUAUAUCCAUAAAUGGAUGCAAGGACCCAAGCAGAUUGGGAAAGCAUGGUAAUCCUCUGGCAACUGCAGAAAUCUGCAUUGUAAUUGGCUGUAUAAACCAGUCAACUCCAUCACAACCAACAAAUACGUUUGUUCAAGUAUCAUGGAGGAGAAUGUGGGACAAUCACGUACCCUUUUUGUGCCACUCCUAUUUUUUAUUUGUUGCAGCCAAGUUUCCUUUUCCUGAUUGUUUUCACUUUUUUGACUGGCAAUCUAGGCUUCAUAUCCUGUUUGCCCUUUGUAUUGUAAUAUUCAUUUAGUGUUUCCUUGCUUAACAUUAUGUUGUUUAUAUUACUGUAUCAAUUAAAAUGGCCUUUCUUGCAUGUAUAAAACUGCUUUGCUUUUGCAUCUUUUAUUCUUCUUGUAUUAAUAAAUUUCAUACUUCAGUAACCAAUCGAAAAUCAUUUACUUUGUGGCCUAAUUUCAGGUCAAAUCUUCUGGCUACUGAAGGGAAGGUAUUUAAAAUCCUAUUUUCCUCAAUUUUAGUAGUUUGACAAGAGCAUGAAAAAAGUGUGCAAAGAGUUUUAAGUAUCUGUGGUGGUGGUCAUAUAGUCACUUUUCAUUUCUCUCUCUACUAAUUUUACUUGUAAUUUCAGUUUAUCCUCGGACCAUUUCUUUUCUCAUAAAUAUGGGAUGCAGAGGAUUGGUUUCCGUGUGAUGUUUUUCUUAUCUGUCAAAAUAUUUUUCUAAUCAUUUUUGGAAGAAAAUCUUGUAAUGUUUUGGGAAUUUUAGUCUUGACUGAUUUAUCAAGCAAAAUAUUCACAUCGUCAGUGGCAUACAUCCUGAAUCUUGAAUCCUGCUUUUUUAUAUAUGAAACAAGUAGCUCUGCUGGAUUUCAAUCUUGAACUAUCAGAGAUAAUAAUAACUGCUGCCAAAACCUUUUUGCUGCAUGCAGUGAUAGUGAAGGAGAUGCGUCUUUUGAACAACCGGGUCUUCUAAUUACAGAGGCAACGAUGGAAGGUAUGCAUGAUUGACUCAUCAUCAAUUCAUUCGAUGGAACACUUGUUUCUUUUUCUUGUGGUGGUGGAAUGGAAGCUCUGUUUACUGGUGUGUGAUCAACUGAAACCUCGAGUUGCAGUUCCUGUUCCUUCCAAGUAGUUAAAGCUUGGGCUAGAAGGACAUCAUAAGGAAGACUUGUCUGUAAUCUUAUCCACACCUCAACCCAACUCUCUUGUUUCUGUUCUUUUGUCCCUCCUUUUCUAUCUCUUCCCCACAAGAAACAAGUCCGAAGCCAGAAGAGAGGAGGGAAAAGAGGGUGUCUAUGGCUUCCUCAAUUCCUUCCAUCAAGAUUGGAGUCUCUCCUCAUCCUUCUCAUAGAUUGCCUUUGAGGUCAUCCACCAUCAUCAGGAGCUCCAAAGCUGAGGGCCCCCUGAGGAGACCUGCAGCUCCUCUCUGCGCAACCCCACCCCACCCCCUCUUCUUUCUCCACCGCUUCCUCCAUCUCCUCCAAAGCUGAGGGCCCCCUGAGGAGACCUGCAUCUCCUCCCCACACCCGUCUUUUUCCUUCACCACCGCUUCCUCCAUCUCCUCCUGCCCCAGCACAGUCUCCUCCGAGGCCGGUUGAAGCGCCCGCAACCAAGGAGGGGAUGGUGACUUUGGAGUACCAGAGGGUGGUGGCAAAGGAGCUGCAGGACCACUUCAAGCAGAAGAAACUGGAGGAGGCAGACCAGGGUCCUUUCUUUGGUUUCUUGGGCAAGAAUGAGAUGAGCAAUGGCAGGGAAGGCAUUUUCAAGAUGGAAUUAGAGGCGUUCGAGUGUUCCACAAUUUUGGAUUUAGUUUCCGUCACCCAAGAAUGUGAUGUAUGUCAGAUGGGCGAUAUUCGGAUUUGCAAUAGGACUGCUGACAGAGUAUGCGACAGGCGCGAGCUUCGUUCAACAGCUAAAGAUCCUUCUCUCCAAUUUUGGAAUCGACUUGGAGUGAUACAAGAUCCAGCCCCGCAUAAUUUGAAUGAGUCAACAUGAACAAGUUUUCCUGCAACCAAAUUGGUGGCACUAAAUGUUGAUCAAAUCAGCUGAAACAAGAGAUACCUCAUGCUCAUAACUGGCAAAUGAAGUUAAAAAAGAUGUUUACUGGAGAAAAGAAACAAAAAAGGUACCAAAGCAAAUUGUUGAAAUGCUAAAGCUCUCUGGAAUCAAGGCAAUUCUGUAAAGGUUUCAAGCUCCUCUCUAGUGAUUUCAAUUCCUCAAUUCCAUGGAUAUUUCCUUGCCAGAAGAUGCUAUUGAUGAACAUGCAAAACUCAUCCAGGUUGUAAAAUAGCUUGAAGGAAAUUAUAUAGCAAUUCUUUUUUCCUUUUAA